GCAGCCUCGGCCCGAGGAGGCUGCGGGGGCAGUUCCCACACCGGAAGACUUUCCCUGAGGCACUGCGCCCGGCUCAAAGAUGGCGGCGGCGGCGCCCCUCCCCUGCCCCGCGCGCCGAGCCCUUUCCGCCGCGCCGGGCGGAAGUGGGUCCGCGCGGAAUUGGUUCCCCCACGCGGCGGCCAGCAGCGGCAGCAGCAGCGUCGGCACCGGGGCGGCCGGGCCGGGCCGGGCCGGAUGAGCAAGGCGUGGCGGCGCGGCAGGAUGGAGGGCGGCGAGGCCGGCGAGGAGGAGGAGGCGGGCGGCCACGGCGCGCACAAGAAGAAGCACAAGAAGCACAAGAAGAAGCACAAGAAGAAGCACCACCACGAGCCGGCGGGGCCGCCCGAGGGCCCCGAGCCCCCCGCCGCCCUGCGCAAGCCCCAGCUCAAGCUCAAGAUCAAGCUGGGGGGGCAGAUCCUGGGCACCAAGAGCGUGCCGACCUUCACGGUGGUGCCCGAGGUGCCGCGCUCGCCGUCGCCGCUGAUGGUCGUGGACGAGGAGGACGAGCCCACGGAGGGGGUGCCCAUCGAGCAGUACCGCGCCUGGCUGGAUGAGGACAGUAACCUGGACCCCUCGCCUCUGCCGGACUUGGACUCGGAGAGCUGCUUCCCUGCUCGCGAGGAGGAGGAGGAGGAGGAAGAGCGCUGGCUGGAUGCCCUGGAGAAGGGUGAGCUGGACGACAACGGGGAGCUCAAGAAGGAGGUGGACGAGUCCCUGCUCACGGCCAGGCAGAAAGCGCUGCUGCACAAGCAGCAGAGCCAGCCGCUGCUGGAGCUGCCCAUGGGCUACAAGACGAAGGAGAUGACGGAGGAGAUGCUGGUGAAGCGGGAGGAGCGCGCCCGCAAGCGGCGCCUGCAGGCCGCCAAGAAGGCGGAGGAGAACAAGAACCAGACCAUCGAGCGCCUCACCAAGACCAACAAGGCCAAGGUGAAGACGCUGCGGGAGCGCAAGGCCAAGCAGGCGCCCUGUCCCGUCGUCCACUACUGCAACGCCACCGACCGCAUCACCGUGUCCUUCCCCGCCGGCAUGGCCCUGCCGCUGCUGCCCACGCCUGCCCCGGCCGUGCCCGUGCCCACCCUCUGCGGGGUGAGCGGCUGCCCCAACCGCAAGCGCUACUGCUGCUCCCGCACGGGGCUGCCCCUCUGCAGCCUCGCCUGCUACAAGAAGAACUUGCAGCUGCAGGAGGCCGCAGCCUAGGCCCGCAUGGCCCCGGGACCGGGCCGUUUUUGGGGACGUGGCUGUCAGCGCUGGGACCUGUGCGGUGGCUGUGCCACGGCAGUGGCCGCUCCGGGCAAGGGGUGUUGCUGGUGCAGCACGUGUCAGGCUGCCGCUUCAUGUCUCCGCACGCUGCCACGGGGACGUGCUGCCGGGGCCAGAGAGGCACCUCCUGGGGCAGCCGUGUCUGGCUGGCCCCGCUGCGGGCCGGUGGGUCCCCGCUCGGGGGACGGGCUCGGGGCCCUUCCCCUCCUGGGGGCCAGUCCCAGUGGCCGGCGCCAGACGCAGGCCCAGCGCCCACCUUCGCUCUGGGCGUUUGUGCUGGGAGCUCUGGCUGUGCCCGGGAGGAUGAGGGAGGCUGGAGCCGGCGGGGGAAGGCGGUGCCCGGCUGGGCGCAGCGACGGCGGAGGUGGGGGCUGUUCGGGCGCCUCUGCCUCCGGCUCCAUCCUCCCCGGCCCCCCCGCGCUCCGGGGUUGCGGUGGCCGCUGGGCCUGGGCUCGCACGCAGCGGGGCCGGCUGCCCUGCUCCUGUGAAGCUCAAUAAAUUCUGGUGGUGAAGAAGG